GCGGGCAAGCCCGCCGAUAUCGCGGCUCCUCCGUCAGAAGGGUUGUCUCCGCCGUCGCCCACGUCAGAUGGGUCAUCGUCACCACCGCCGGAUUCCUCCUCUGCUCCUCCGCCGAACCAUGGCAACGCUUCUUCUUCUUCGUCUCCACCUCCUCCUGCCCCAAGCCAAGACAAUUCACCUCCGCCAUCAUCUCCGCCGCCGCCGUCCAACGACACUCCUCCACCGAAAACUCCGACAAUUCCUCAGCCUCCUCCGUCUGAAGGCUCAUCUCCGAGAACCCCACCGACGUCAAAUUCACCGCCACACCAGUCGCCGCCACAAUCCCCGCCACAAUCUCCUUCCCAGGGUUCGAAAAAUGGCGGCAACAAGGACAUAGAUCAAAACAAUAACAACAACAACAGAGAUGUUUUCUUUCAGCCACCGCCUUCGGAAAACAGGAACUCCGGCGAAAACGACCCUUCAUCGUCUCGGACUUUAGCCCCACCUCGCAACGGAGACUCUGAUUCGUCAGGUGGGGACGAUAAUUCACCGAAUAUCCGAGGGAUUAUAGGAGUUGCAGCAGGAGCAGGACUGUUUCUUCUUCUGCUAUUACUUCUCUGCAUCUGCUACAAGAAGAAGAAGAAGAAGGAGAAGAGAAAAUCAAAGUUCGACCAUUUGCAUUAUUUCAACAAUAACAACAGUCCCUUUGGAGGUGGUGGCGGUGGGUAUUACAACAAUGUCCCACCUCAAGCACAAUACAGUAGAAACGAUCAUGUCGUCAACAUGACAUCAUCGACGCCAUCAUUGCAACGGGACAAUACAAGCGACAAAUCCAAUCCGCCAUUGCCGCCUCCACACCCUUCAAUGGUUGUCGGAUUCAACCAAAACCCCUUCGCCUAUGACGAGCUCGCGGUCGCAACUCAGGGUUUCUCGGACUCGAAUUUGCUCGGGCAAGGAGGGUUCGGGUACGUACAUAAAGGAGUGCUUCCAAAUGGAAAAGAAGUGGCCGUGAAGAGUCUGAAAGUAGGCAGCGGGCAAGGAGAACGCGAGUUCCAGGCAGAGGUCGAGAUCAUUAGUCGUGUCCAUCAUCGUUACCUCGUCUCUCUCGUUGGUUACUGCAGCUCUGGAGGUCAGAGAUUGCUUGUUUAUGAGUUCUUGCCAAACAACACUCUCGAGUUCCAUCUUCAUGGAAAGGAUCGACCGGUUAUGGACUGGCCUACACGAAUGAAAAUUGCGUUGGGAUCGGCCAAAGGCCUUGCGUACUUGCACGAAGAUUGUCACCCUCGGAUUAUCCAUAGAGAUAUCAAAGCUGCAAACAUUCUUCUUGAUUUCAGUUUUGAAGCUAAGGUGGCAGAUUUCGGAUUAGCUAAGCUAUCUCAAGACAAUAAUACUCAUGUCUCCACCCGUGUCAUGGGAACAUUCGGAUACUUGGCUCCAGAGUAUGCAUCAAGCGGCAAGCUAACCGAGAAAUCUGAUGUUUUCUCGUUCGGAGUAAUGCUUCUCGAGCUCGUAACCGGGCGACAGCCUGUGGAUCUUACGGGCCAAAUGGAAGACAGCUUAGUAGAUUGGGCAAGACCGCUGUGUCUGAAAGCGGCACAAGAUGGAGACUACGAGCAAUUGGCAGAUCCCCGUCUCGAGAGAAACUACGAGAAGCAAGAGAUGGCGAGAAUGGCGGCUUGUGCAGGGGCCGCCAUCAGGCAUUCAGCGAGGAGACGACCAAAGAUGAGCCAGAUCGUAAGAGCAUUAGAAGGAGAUAUGUCGAUGGACGAUAUAACAGAGGGAGGAAAAGUGGGACAAAGCACGAAUCACAGCUCGAGCAGCGGGAGCUCCGAGUACGACGCCAGCUCGUACAGCGCCGACAUGAGAAGAUUCCGGAAACUUGCCCUGGAAAGCGGAAACUACCAAAGCAGCGAAUUCGGGCACACGAGCGAGUAUGGACUCAACCCUUCAUCCUCCAGUAGCGAAGAAAUGCGUACAUAGAAGAAAACGCCUCUGAAAAGUUCCAUCUUUUUGUAAAAAAAAUAAGGGUUCAAGAAAGAAUAACACCAUAUGCAGAGGGAUGGAAAGAAUAGUAAAAAAAUGGCGAAGAAAUAGAUUCCUUUGUGUGAAUAUCUAAGAGAUGAUCAAAUCUUACAUUGUGAAAAUGUAUACAGUUUUGAGCUAAAUGGAAACACAAUGGAUUUAUAGGA